AUGUCAAGUGUACAAGAACAAACUCAUUAUAACGAUGUUAUGAGUAGUGACGGUGAGGAUGAGGAUGUUGAGAUGGUAGAUCCUUUGGAUGACUCUACAACUGUUGAUUGUGCACCUGCACCCGUUUCAGGUGAAAAGGAACAUAAACUUAGAUCUGAUAAAGGUGGAACCUCAUCUAUGAAAAGGCAUAAGUGCCGUGAACGUCAUUCUCAGGACAUAAGGCAAAUGAUUUUAUCUGCAAAGAAUGGCCAGUUGUCUUCCCGCGUACGCAAAAUUGAUCAGAUGAAGUUUCGAGAUCUUAUUUCAGAAUUACUCAUUGCAAGAAAUGUCCCAUUGGCUUUGGUGGAGUGGAAAGAAUUUAGGGACAUAUCAAGGAAUACUGGGAAAGUCGAUAUUUUCAAAAAACAUAAUGCACGAAAAGAAGUUAUUCGAAACAUAUUGAAACUUGCUCCAGGUAGGAUGUGUCUAACAUCAAACAUGUGGACCUCUGUUACGACUACAGGGUAUAUGAGCUUAACUGUCCAUUUUCUUGAUCAAAAUUGGGAAUUAAAGAAGUAUCUACUAAAUUUUUGUGAACUUCCACCACCUCAUACAGGUGAAAACCUUUCUGCCAAGCUAUUUGAAAUGAUAAAAGAUUGGGGAAUUGAAGAAAAAGUAUCCAACAUCACCUUGGAUAAUGCUGCAAAUAACGGAGCUUGUGCUAUUAUUGUAAAAGAUGGACUUGUGAAGAUUGAUCCAGUUGUGCUAAAGAUAAGAAAGUCAGUGAAGUCGCUUAAAAAGUCCCAAGUAAGAAAACAAAAAUUCUUGGACAUUGUUGAUACUUUAGGAAUGUCUGUAGUAAGAAGGGGUAUUCGUCAAGAUGUUAAGACAAGAUGGAAUGCAACUUAUCUUAUGUUAGACAGUUGUCUUGUGUAUAGAAGUGUUUUCGCUCACUUGAAGGAGGUGGAUUCAGACUAUAAAGACUGUCCAACUGACGAAGAAUGGGAUCAAAUUGAAGUGGUCACAAAGUUUCUCAAGACGUUUUAUGAUCUCACAACUUUGUUUUCUGGUAGUAAGGACAUCGUGAAAGAGAUGCAACAAAAGUUUAACAUUUAUUGGGAGAACUUAAGUCCUAUAUUGGCUAUGACACUUGUGUUAGAUCCUAGAUUGAAACUGAAGUAUCUAAACUUUGCUUACUCCAAGUUGUAUCCUGAUGAAUAUGCUGCAGCACAGGAAAGUGGUGGUGAUCUGCAAUCUGACUUGUCAGAGUUGGAUCAAUAUCUUAGCGAGAAAUAUGGAUUUGAACAACGAUUUCCAAUACUUUCAAGAAUAACAGGGGAUAUUUUGUCAAUUCCUAUUUCAACCGUGGCUUCGGAAUCUGCAUUCAGCAUUGGUGGAAGGGUAAUUGAUCUGUUUCGCAGUUUUUUAUUACCUGAAAAUGAUGAGGCGUUGAUAACAACUCGUGAUUGGAAACAUGGAGUUGGAAACGAAAAUAUGGAUGAAGACAAUGAGAUUAUUGGAGAAGAUGUAUUAGGAUUUGAACUUGGUGCAGUAGAGGAUAGGGCAGAGGAGGAUGGGGAAGAAGUGGUUAUUAAUAUCUUUAUUGUUGCACUUGGUGAUACAAAAUACAAACAAUGGUAUUACUACGGUUUCGAAGGUUUUUUUUUCUUUUUUGAAGAUAUCAUCGACUGA